AUGGAAGAGACUUUGGAUAACGAGAAGAAUUUGAGACUGUCCUAUAUUGCUAGUGUUGAGGUUCAAAGAACAGGAGCAGUAGAUAUGGAAGAUAUUAAAGCAGAUCUCUCUGCUAAAUUUUCUUUGGCUUCAAGGUCAGACACGAGUCAGAGGAGCAGUUUGGAGUCUAAGGGACACAUACACGUUUGCCUGCGUGUUAGGCCGUUUACAUCAUCGGAAAGGGAAAAUGAAUUGCAGGACUAUGUUUCACUUGAAGAUUCAAAAAGCAUCAUACUGAAGCCCCCCAAAAACUCCUUGAGUCGACUAAGUGAAAAAGCCACUGGCCAGAAGUUCACUUUUUCACAAGUGUUUGGACCUGAAACAACUCAAGAAGAAUUCUUUGAAGGGACUAUCAAGCAACCAGUCCAAGAUUUCAUAGAUGGAUAUAAUCGUCUUAUUUUCACAUAUGGAGUUACAAAUGCUGGGAAAACCUAUACUUUCCAAGGAACAGAAGAUGAUGGUGGUAUUUUACCAAGGACUAUGGAUAUGUUGUUUAAAAGUAUUCAUGGAAAACUAUACACAGCGAUGGAUCUCAAACCCCAUCGGUGUAGAGAUUAUAUAAGGCUGAAUAAGGAGCAAGUGAGAGAAGAAAACACUAUUAGAAAUUCUAUGCUUCGCUUAUCAAAAGAGGUAGACCAUCAAAAUAGCUGUAACAACAAAGCAGCAGUUGAUUCUAAUGACCUGGAAGAACUCUUAAAAGAGGAGCCUAGCACAACUGUGAAUAAUUACCCCAAGUAUUCUGUUUGGAUUUCAAUUUUUGAGAUUUAUAAUGAAUGUUUAUAUGAUCUACUGAAUCCAAUAUCAAAUGAUAAGAAACGAAAACCACUACGUCUUGCUCAAGAUGUCAAAGGAUGCUCUUAUGUCAGAGAUCUUCAGUGGAUUCAGAUUUUCAAUUCCAAAGAAGCCAUUAAACUUCUAAAACUAGGAUUGAAACACCAGAGUACUGCAAGCACAAAACAAAAUACUUGCUCCAGCAGAAGUCACAGCAUAUUCACAGUUAAGAUGCUAAAAAUUGAAGAUUCGGGAACACCACAAGUGAUUCAAGUCAAUGAAUUGACAAUGUGUGAUCUUGCUGGCUCAGAAAGAUGGACCAAGACCCGCAAUGAAGGUGAUAGAUUGAAAGAGAGUGGAAAUAUAAACACCUCUCUUCUGAUUCUAGGCAAGUGUAUUAAUGCACUCAAGAACUCUCAACAGUCAAAGCUGCAGCAACACAUACCCUUUCGUGAAAGUAAGUUAACUCAUUUCCUGCAAGGAUUCUUCAAUGGAAAGGGGAGAGUAUACAUGAUAGUAAAUAUAAGCCAAUGUGCUUCAGCAUAUGAUGAAACAUUCAGUGUACUGAAGUUUUCAGCCAUUGCACAAAAGGUUAUAGUUGUAGACCCAUCUAUUCUUCCCCAAGAUCAGUCCUUCGGCCAAAAAUCAGGAAAUGAAUCACUACUUAGUUACACUAAGAUGCCAAUCCCAAGGAAAAGAGCUUCUAUUCUGUGGGACAGAAGCCUAGAAGAUGUCAUUGAAGAUGAGGGUGAUGAGUCAGAGGAAGAGUAUACUAUGUCAACAGGAGAACCAGUGCAGCAAGACAGAGAAAAAGUUAUUCUUGGAAAAGAAGAAUUUAUGAAGCUGCUAAGUCUUGUAGAAACGUUGAGGGAGAAACUUAUUACUGAAAAGAAGGACAAGUUACUGCUGGAACUAAAAAUCCGUGAAGAAGUGAUGGAAGAAUUUACCAAACAUUUUGCUGAGCGGGAAAUAAAUUUCAAAGAAUGCCUUUCUUACGAACGAGAAAAGCUUGAAGAAAAUUCUGAAAGACGCCUGGAAAUCUUCAAGGAACUUAUAAACAGUUGUACUGAAAGUGAAAAAAGUAAAUUGGAUGAUCAGCCUUGCAGGGAACAAGCUGGACCUCUGGAUGAAAGCCAGGGAUCCACACAGGGGCCAGGCACUUGUGUUGAUCUUGAGGGCUUUAUUGAUUCUCUGCAGAAUGAUGUCAUUGACAUCAAAAAGCAGGCAGAAGAAGCACAUAGGUAUAUUGUGUCCCUGGAGGACCCACAGGAAGCUGUAGCUUGGCUUGAAAAACAACUGGGAAAAGUUACUUCUGAACUAACUAAGACCAAAGAAGAUUUGACAAAGACAACCAAUGAACUAAUCAAAACUGAAGAGAACCUGACACAGAAAACCAAAGACUUGGAAACACAGAUGAUUAAAUUGGAUGAGUCUGCUGAGCAGCUUAAAGAAGCAACUGAGAAAAUGAAUACACAGAAUAAAAGGAUUCAGGAACUCAUGGACAUUGUGGAGCAAAAAGAUGAUGUUAUUAAAAAACUACAAGAUUUGAUAUCCGAUUUUGAAGAAACCAUAAAAGACUAUGACAGGACUGUAACCUCCAUUAAAAGAAAGCUGGUGAAAAACAACUCUAGCAUAGUAGUUGAAAGCAGCCAGUUUGAAGAUUGUGAGGAAACUGUGUUGGAAGUGGGAAGGAAACGGUGCUUUGAAAAUAAGCCUACUGUGGAAGAGCCACCUACAAAGAAAGGAGACAUGAAGGAGAGUUGGGAAUAUGAUUCUCUAGAGCAAAAGAGAACUGAAUAUGUGAAAAAUACUUCUGAGAACAAUGAAGAAAUAUUAAUACUGAAGGAAAGAACUGAAACCUUGGAAGGUCAACUAGCUGCACUUGAAGACCAAUGCAGAAAAGAAAAGAACAAAAAUGAAGAGUUCACUGGACAGAUAGCAAACUUGCAUCUCGAGAUCUCUGCUUCUGAAGAAAGGGCUUCCAGCUUAAGUGAAGACCUUAAGCAAUGUCGAGCUGACUAUCAGGAGAUUGUUUCAGAAUUGGACAAACAGAAAGCUAUAAACAGGGAACAGGAAGAAAGGAUUAUUCAGCUAAAUAGUGAAGUAGAAUGUGCAAAAAAAAGUAUAAUUGAUAAAGUUUCAAAAAUUAAAGCAAUGCAGUCCAAAGUAGAAGAGUUGUAUAAAGGUAAUUUAGAGUCUUAUGCUGUGGAUAUUGACUUAGUUAAUCUAAAUGAUUCCUUAGACUCUCAGAAAGAUGAACCAGACAGAGUUCAAAUGAAUCUGGCAUGUGUGCAGCCCCAGACUGCUUCUACAGCAGAUCAGAGACAAGAGUGUUCCUUUCACUCUAGCGUUGAAAGUAUUUGGGAGGAAUGCAAAAAUAUUAUUAAGGCUUCUUCACAAAAAAGUCAGCAGAUUCAGGAACUACUUCAGCAAGUUGAAGACUUAAAAAAGGCACUUGAUGAUACUGAGAAUUAUAAUAAUGAACUAAAAAUAAAAUUAAAUGAGUUUGAAAAUCAGUCAAUAAAGGAGAAAGAUCUUAUGAAUCAGUUACAAGAGCAAAUCCAGAAGAAAAACCAGGAUAUUGAAAAGCAGGCUGCGGAGGAUCACAGAGUAAUUGCAGAGUUUGAGGAGGAAGUUGCCAGUUACAAGGGAAAAAUCAGAGAGCUUGAAUGCCUCUUGGAAUCUUUUAGAGCUAAAAAUGAUACCAUAGAAAAGUUAGAAGAAGUCCUUCAUGAAAAGGAAACUAUUAUUUUAAGUCUAGAAAGUAAUAAAGUAUCUUUGCAAGAGAAAUGUGCCAAUUCAGACAGAAAACUGAAAGAAUUAAAUGAUCAAGAUGCAAAUCGGAAGGAGGAGGUUCUGCAGUUGAUGAACAGCUUGGAGAAUAUGAAACAGUCCCUUCAGGAAAAGGAGAAAACUGAGCAUGAGCAAACACAAUCUAUAGCAUUACUACGUAAAGAUCUUUCUGAGAGCUCUGCCCUUGUCCAGAAUUUGAAAAAAGAUUUGCAGAGGAAAGAAGAAGAAUAUGUAGAUUUGAAAGAGAAAUUUUCUGACGCUAAGAAACAAAUUCAGCAAGUACAAAAAGAGGUGUUUACAAUGCGAUCUGAGGAGAAAUCUCUGAGGGAUAAAACUAAUGAACUUCAGAAAGCUAAAAACAACUUGAGUGAACAACUGGAAAUCAAACAGCGCACAAUCCUGCAGCUUCAAAAGGAGCAGCUGAAUAAGGAGAAAUUGGAAGAAAUCUCCAAACAGUAUGAGAAAACAUGUAAAGAUCUGUGUGCAAAGGAAAAAAUAAUUGAAGAUAUGCGGAUGACGUUAGAAGAACAGGAACAGACUCAGAUUGAACAAGAUCAAGUGCUUGAAGCCAAAUUAGAAGAGACCAACAGAUUAGUUCAGGAACUUGAAGCAUGGAAGCAGAAAUAUGGAGACCUGAAUAACCAGAGCAACAGUAACUGCCAGCAAAAGAUCAAAAAUGAGGAGAAAAAUGAAAAUGACAAAUUAAUGAAACUGCAAAAAGAACUGGAGGAAAAUCAGGCAAAGUAUCAAACUGAUAGAAAAAAAUGGCUGGAGGAAAAAAUGAGACUUGUAAGUCAAGUAAAAGAAGCUGAGAGCCAUCGCAACAGAGAAAUACGAAAAUUUGCAGAGGGCAGAGAACGUCACAUAGAGCAACAAGCAGAAAUUGAAAGACUUACUGCACAGCUGGUAGAAAAGGAGAGCAAUCUUCAAAAGUGGCGUGAAGAAAGAGAUGAAUUAGUAGAAGCUUUGGAAAUACAGCUCAAGACUUUGGCUUCUAACAUGAUACAAAAGGAUAAAGAAAUAGCAGAACUGAAGCAGGCUGCACUAAAGGAUUCAGAAAAGGAAACUGAUAUAGAGGAACUAAGAAAACAGCUGGCUGAGAAAGAUGGCUUUUUAAAUGAACUGAAGCCAAAAAUUAACCAUGGAUGUCUUCAGUCCUUGGCAGAAGUACCUUUACCUGAAGGACAAGAUACAGUAGAUCAGACUGUAAACAAAGAGUUUAUGGAAAAACAAAGCAAGACUAAUCCUUUAACUGGACAAGGUAUUCCAGUAAGAGAUGAAGUUAAAGAGAAUUAUUCAUUAUCUCGAUGUCCUAGUAGUGCUUCUUCAGUAAGCGAGGACCAUUCAGAAAUUGUCCUUGACUCUUCUGAAGUGUCCACAGAAAGUGGCAAAGUUAGUCGAUUCCCCAAACCAGAGAUGGAAAUCCAGUUCACCCCUCUGCAACCCAAUAAGAUGGAGGUGAGGCACCAAGGCAGUACCUUACCACAUACAGUUAAAGUGAACAAGGCAAGAAAGAAAAGGAAGAGUGAAGAAAUGGAUGAGGAUUUUGUGAAAAGUGAGAACAAGAAAAACACAAAACCUGCCAUGAUUAAUUCACCUUCUACAAGCAACAAGAAAACGAUGUCAUCUAGAAAAGAAUACUUCUUAAGAAAGCAAGAAUCUACUUCAGGUAUAAAGUCACCUAAAAAGAAAGACAGAACACUGCAAAAAAUCGGAGACCUUUUUCAAAGCUCUCCUACAAUUAUUCACUCUAAAGCAAAGAAGCUGAUGGCAACAAUAAGCUCUCCCAAGUCUGCAGAACCAGAAGGUGUCAAAGAAAAUGAGCUCCAGCCAAAGCGAGCUAAGAGAAAACUCUAUGCAGGUGACCUUUAUUGCCCUCUGGAUAGUCCUCCUUCCUCGGUCUUUGUAGAACAAAAAGAGAAAGAAAGUGAUCAUCAGAUUAUCAAGCAAAGACUGCGAUCAAAACUAGCUAAAUAA